GAGGAAGUGGCCUAAAAUUGAAGAAAAGUGAUCUAAAACUGGGGGAAACCGACCUAAAAUUGGAGAAAAGUGACCCAGAAUUGGAGAAAAGUGACCCAAAAUUGGAGAAAAGUGACCCAAAAUUGGGGUAGAAGGAGGCAACGUUACAGGACGUGGAGGAAAAGUUACGUUAAAGUGUCUUAAAUAGGUCAAAAAUGGCAUUAAAGGCAGCUAAAAUUGUAUUAAUAGCAACAAAAAUGGCAGUAAAUGGGGCAGAAAUAAUAUUAGACAUAACAAAAAUGGCAUUAGAGGUGGUAGAAGUGCAUUUAAUGGAGCAAAAGGGGCAUCAAAGGCCACAAAAAUGGUAUAAAUGGAUUCAAAAUGGUAUUUAAUAGAUCCAAAAUGGCAUUAAGUGGAUCCAGAAAGGCAUUCAGGGCAGCAAAAAUGGCACAAAAGUGACCAAACGUGACAUUAAAGUGUCUGAAAUGGCUCAAAAACUGCAUUGAAGUGAUCAUAAGUUACAGAAGUGUACAAAAUCCCCCAAAACUGCCCCAAAACUGAUUGAAAUUGCCUCAAAACCCACGUGGGACCCAUCUUUUCCUCAGUUUUCCCUCAAAAAGGCUCCAAUAUUCCCUUUUUUCCUCAAUUUUCAACCCAAACAGGAAUUCAGGAUUUGGGAUCUCCUUUUCCCCUCAAUUUUCCCUCAAAAAGACUAUGGGAUUUCCCUUUUCCCUCAAUUUCCCUGCAAAAAGGCCCCGCGAUUCCCUUUUUUCCUCAAUUUUUCCCCCAGAAUGGCAUUGGGAUUCACUUUUCCCCUCAAUUUUCCCCCCAGAAACCGAAUUCAAGAUUUGGGAUCCCCUUUUCCCACAAUUUCCCCCCAAAACAUGGAAUUUAGGGCUCGGGGGGGGCUUUUUUCCCCUCACAAAAAAAGCCCCCAAAUCCCCUUUUUUUUCUCCUCCCGAGAGUCGCCCUCUUGCCUUACCUCCCGCCGCUAGGGGGCGUCGUUUCCCCGUCCCGCCCCCUUCCCCUCCAGGGCCUCGCGCACGCGCCUUGCGGCCGGACAGUACCAGCCUGAGGGGAACGCGCGGGGGGAGCCACGCGAGGGGCAGGAACGGGCGAGUCCAUUGCGAGACGAGCCCGGGGAGGUGUCGGGGAGGCUCCGGGGCCGCUGGAGAUGCUUUGGCGCAUUUUUGGUGGGGGGUCUGCGGGGGGAGGGGCGGCAGAACCCCCUCUGCACCCCUGCCCGCGCCGCGGCCUACCAAACCCACCUGGACCUGGUGCAGGAGCGCUGCAAGACUGUCACCUCCUUCUACCAACAGCUCGCCAUCGAUGCCACCUCUGAGAGGCCCUCGGUGCACCUGACCCCCACCACCAUGCUGUACUCGGGGUGCUCACAGGACGGCAGCCAUUUUCUGUCAGGUUUUUCAGGGCAGAAAAGCACCCGGUACCUGCAGCAGGAGCUGCCCGUGUGCAUCACCCACCACAUCCAGGGCUUCUGCAACCUGCCCUUCAUCAUCAGCUGCAACCCCACCAUCCUGCACGUGCAUGAGCUCUACCUCCAUGCCUUCCAGAAACUGAGUGACUUACCCCCAAUCCAGCUGCACAGUGACGAGGUUCAGUACUGUGCGUUGCUGCAGCAGCUGCUCGAGGACCACAAGGAUAUGGUGACGCUGCUGGCAGAGGGGCUGCAGAAAUGCUGGAGACACAUCCAGGACGAGUGCCUGCCGCGGUCGUUCCUGGAUAAGACACUCACCUCGCGCCUGGGCAUGCAGAUGCUGGCAGUGCAUCACCUGGUGCUGCACAAGGACACGGUCAGCUCACCUGGGCAGCUGGAUUUCAUGGGCAUCAUCUGCACAUGCCUGUCCCCCAAGAAACUCAUUGAGAAGUGGGUGGACUUGGCUAGGAUCUUGGACCGCAGCAGGGGCAUGCUGGACAAAGUGACCGAGUACCACUACAGCAUGGGGUGGCCCUUCCACAGCCUCAUUGAGCCCAACGGCCAGGCCGGGCCCAAGCAGAGGUUUGGCUUUGGGCUGCUGACAUCACGCACCUAUGCUGAGUACCUGGCGGGGUCCCUGGUGCUGCAGUCGCUGCAGGGCGUCGGCACUGACAUCUGCCUGAGGCUGUGGCACAUCGAUGGCAAGGCCAAGAGCUUCUGCAUCUAGGGGGGCUUGGGGGCAGCCAUCGGGGGUGAGGAGAACCCCUGGGAGGUGCACAGCAGGGCAGUGCAGAGCCCCAAAAGUUGGGUUUUUGGUCACGGAAAGCCAGGAGGACCUUCCAAAGUUGGACUUUUUGGUGGAGGUUUUCCAGUUGAAUCCCCAAAGCUGGAGCUUGGUCAUUAAAAUCAUGGAGAGAUUUCAAGGGCUGGGUUUUGGUCAUGGAAACUGAGGAGGAGCCCAAAAGUUGGACUUUUAUGGUGAGGUUUUCCAGUUGAAGCCUCAAAAGUUGGGUUUUGGUCAUAAAGGUCAUGGAGAAUGUUCCAAAGUUGGAUUUUUUUGGUGGAGGCUCUCCAGUUGAAACCUCCAAAUUUGGCGUUUGGUCAUCAAGGUCAUGGAGAACCUUCCAGAGUUGGGUUUUGGGUCAUGGAAACCAAGGAGUACAUUCCAGAUUGAGACUUUUUUGGUGGAGGUUUUCCAGUUAAAUCCCCAAAGUUGGGUUUUGGUCAUCAAAGUCAUGGAGGACCUUAUAAAUUUGGAUGUUUUUGUUGAGGCUCCCAAAAGUUGGGUUUGGUCAUUAAAAUCAUGGAGAACCUUCCCAA